AUGACCUUCAUGAGGCCUGCAUGUGAUGACAGCGGCCGACGCAGUAGUUCGCAGGAACGCUUCCACCGACCCAGCUUGACCCUCGAGCGAACCCGCACACCCUACCAUCUCAAGGCCGAGAGCCUGGGCAAACCGAUCGGCCUGUCUACUUUCUCUGCACCGGAUGGAAGCGCUUCAUCAGCCCGCAGCCGCUCCGAGUCGAGCGAGAGUGGCACAGAGGCGGACGACGAAAGGGGGCCUCUUCUGAAAAGUCUUCCGGCGCCGCCCCUGCGCAUGAGAAAGGGCCUGCGUGGAGCCUCGCCUGCUGCCUUGACCCCGUCCGCCAGUCCCUUGUCGACUCCUCCCGCAUUCGUCGAAGCGCGAGAGUUUGAAUACUUCGGCACUCCUCGGAAGACGGCAAGGAAGAUCCCACAGCCCCAGAAGAAUGGCAAGGACUUUGAAGCGUACAAGGCUCGAAAACGGAGAGAGAUUGUGCGGAGAUGUGUCGAGACCGUGCUCCUCGGGGCCAUUGGUGGCAUAAUUUGGACGAGCGCAAGAGAGUCGCCUGAGAUAUCGGACUGGAAGAGCGAGCUGCUGGCAUACCUGCUUCUCCCUCCCGUGACAUAUCUCACUGUUCCUGUUCGCUUGGCCUUCCGCGCCCUCGCUGCAGGGAAAUCAAUCCUACAGGCGGUUCGUCUGGGGUUUCAUAUCCCUUCUCGGUUUGACCCGGGACCUUUGUUGUACCCGGUCGUCUUGCCAGUCCUCAUCGCUCUGUCGUUGUUCCAACGAUGCCAUACAUUUCUUCCGGUGGCCAUUGUGUGUGGGCUGUCUUCAAUUCCUCCGACCAUCACCGCAACACCACGAGUCAGGGCGAUGGGCUACUAUGCUCACUGGCUGAUGACGAUAUUCCCACUUCACGCCUCUCGGUUACGAUCUCCUCACGAAUACCUCCAUAAACCAAUGUCUUUGAGACUAAACAACGAGGGCUUGUUGCAGCAGGACGACUUGACAUUGUUGUACCCACUUCAUCAGUCGCUGAUGACUGUCCUCGGUUACCUGACGACUUCGAGUCUCGACAUUGCCGAACUCAGAUUGUUGUCAGCCGCCUUAAUUCACCUUUUUCUAUUCGCAAGAACCCCACAGGCAGAAAUUCUGAAAGCCAUGUUAUGGCUCGGGGGUCUAUGCAUCUUCAUCACAUGUAGGAGGAUUCUGGCUUGGGAGGUCGCCCUUGCACGAGUACCAACCUGGAAACUUCUACGGAAACGUCCUAGACCUGGACUUAUUUCACAUGUUGAUCAAGCCAUCUGUGUUGUCUUGAUGCGUGGGCACCUCCGCUCCAGGCGGCGUGAGUCAUCCGACAGCGAUUCUGAACAACUUCCGCUCCCGCCCAUUUCUACAGGGAAAUCCACGUUGCGACUCAACAUCAAUGGGAGAGCGUCCGAGGCUCCGAUUGACGAGCCGUUGUCUGCAAUGGAACCUUCCAGCCAGAGGACAGCAUUCCCAGAUGAGCCCGUCCUUCCGACAACCCCUCGACGGAACACAUUCACAGUGUUUGACCGGAUAGCUAGAAUUAAACAGUCUUCGGCGAGGAAGAAAAUGAGGACACCUCUUGCAGGCCCGUCUAACGUCUUCCUGUCCUUCACCAUAGAGCAGGCUCGAGUGCGCAAGUACGCGUACGCAGCAACUGCGUACUUGUGCGUAUCGGCCACAAUACUAGGGCCUGUUCGACUCUAUGUUGGCAACAGAGCCUUAUCUGGCCAUGAGCCCUUUGGAUGGGCUAUCGGCUACCUAUUCGGAAACAUUUCGAAAUUCAGGUUUUGGGUGGUCAGCAAUAAUCUCGAGAGAUGGAUAUGUCUUCCUGCUCGAGUGUCCGGAGACGCCGCACCCGAUUCUUCUUUCUCGAUCGAAUACAUUCGCCAAAACAUUUUCGGGCCAGCAAAUACUCGCCUUCUGAUCUGCGGAUACUGCAUAGCCGUGUUGUUCGUGGGUAUUUUUGCAGUACUCCGCCUAACCUCUGUUGUCGAAGUUGAUACCAGACGGAAAGUAUUUCACGGCAUCAUGGUUGCGAUGCUUCUACCUACUAUUUUCGUGGAUCCGUGCUUUAUUGCUUUGGCGCUGAGUCUGGUGUUGGCCGUGUUUCUUUUACUGGACCUGUUUCGAGCUUCACAGCUUCCUCCGAUGUCAAAACCACUCACAACGUUUCUGGCUCCAUACGUGGAUGGACGUGACUAUCGUGGCCCAGUCAUCGUUUCGCAUAUAUUUCUCCUCAUAGGGUGCGCGAUUCCUCUCUGGUUAUCGCUGGCUGCGACACCGCGUACUGGUGAGGACGCUUGGAGUGGAUGGGAUACACCUGUCCGCGAACUCUCCAUGGUCAGUGGCGUUGUUUGUGUUGGAAUGGGUGAUGCUGCAGCCAGUCUGAUUGGCAGGCGUUAUGGAAAGACAAAAUGGUAUUGGGCUGGUGGAAAGAGUCUCGAAGGCAGCCUUGCCUUUGCUGUUGCCGUUGUUUGUGGUCUAGCGACAGCCUGGACGUGGCUCAGACUGGGAGGCUGGGCACUUUGGUCGAGUGGGCCUUUUUCACUUACAUUUGCAAAAUUUGCCGUCGCAGGACUUGGAGCGAGCCUGCUAGAGAGCACUCUGACUGCGGCAAACGACAAUGUGGUUGUACCCGUAGGAUUGUGGCUGUUAGUCAGAGGGUUGAAGAUAUAG